GGAGUGGGAGGGUCUGUGCGUCUGUGCGCUCCGCCACUUUUACGCACCGAAGUUGCAGCGGCGCGCAGAUAAUCAUUAAAGUGUGGACUAUCGACAGGAGCCAGGUGACUGGACCGAGGAGAUGCUGCUGAACCACAACAGGACUCCACUGCUGCUCACCGUCACCUGCAUGUGCUUCUCAGGAGCUUUGCUUUGGUCCUACCAAGAGGAGGAUGCCAGUGACGGAGAGAAGUGCUCUGAAAAUAACAUUUCUACCACAAAGUACCCCUGCGUGAAGUCCACCGGAGAGGUUACGACGUGUUACAGGAAGAAAUGUUGCAAGGGCUUCAAGUUCGUGUUGGGCCAGUGCAUUCCUGAAGACUAUGACGUGUGCGCCGGCGCCCCCUGUGAGCAGCAGUGUACGGACCACUUUGGUCGGGUGGUGUGCACCUGUUACCCUGGAUACCGCUACGACCGCGAGCGCCACAGAAACCGAGAGAAGCCCUACUGUCUGGACAUCGACGAAUGUGCGGACAAAAACUCGACAGCUUGCUCUCAGAUCUGCGUCAACUCCGUGGGGAGCUACAGGUGUGAGUGUGAGAAAGGCUAUUUCCUGGAAGAAGAUAGGAAAACAUGCACCAAGGGGGAGAGAGCAGUGCAUCUCUUUGAGAAGUCCGAUAAUGUCAUGAAUGCUGGAACCUGCUCAGCCACGUGUGACGACUUCCACCAGAUCAAGAUGUCGGUCCUGCAGCUUAAACAGAAGAUGGUGUUGCUGUCUAACAGUGCUGACGUCCCCGAGCAGAUGACGAGUGAGAAAAUACUGACGUCACCUAUAUUUUUACCAGGACCUCCAGGUUCUCCUGGACCUCCAGGAGAUCCAGGACCAGAAGGCCCUCCAGGACUCACUGGACUGUUGGGACCCCCCGGCCUGCCUGGUCCCAGGGGCUUGAUGGGACCCAUUGGACCCACACCAGAUCUGCAGCACAUCAAACGGGGCCCUCGAGGACCUGUGGGUUCUCCAGGAGCACCAGGAAAGGAUGGCCUAAAGGGGGAUCGAGGAGCUCCUGGGCCUGCUGGACCACCAGGCCCUCCAGGCUCCUUUGAUUUCCUGCUUCUGCUGAUGGCGGACAUCCGCAACGACAUCGCAGACCUGCAGAGCAAAGUGUACGGUCGACAGAUUCACUCUCCGGAGGACUUCCCCGUGGUCCCCGACAGCUGGAGGGACAGCCAGGACAGUCUGGACACAGGCUCAGGUGAGGACUAUAAGGAACCUUCAACUCGAACGGGCUCCAAGAGGAACAGGAAGAGGAAACCGGCACGAGAGAGAACAGACUGAACAGACUGGAAAGAGGGGGUUCCUAAAUACUUUAUGUCAGGUGUAAAUGUUGAAGUGGUUUGCUUUUUUUUUUUAUUUAACUGUUUUUAAAAAGAAUGUACUGUUUGAUGGCAGAUGUUUAUUUUUGUAUGAUCCAUGUACGAGAUUAUGUGUGACUAUUUUUAAAACAAAAACGAGACUGUGCCCAUGCAUGUUUUUAUAAAUUGUAUAUUUUCAGAAACAUAUUGUUCCUUCACAGCACAUUAAACAAGUCUCUCAUUAAAA